AUGGCUUCCGAGUUGGAACUGUCGACCUCUUUCAUUCCAGCAUUGUACAAACCAGCAGCUUUACUGCCAAUUGCACGCCACAAGCAAAGCUUGCUCUACUUGAUUGAGACCUACCCUGUGACAAUAGUGGUGGGCCAGACAGGAAGCGGCAAAACAACCCAGCUUCCUCAAUAUCUCGACCAGGCAGGAUGGUGCGAGGAUGGGAAAGUCAUUGCCGUUACUCAGCCUCGGCGAGUAGCUGCCACGACGGUAGCCACUCGAGUUGCAGAGGAGAUGCGCUGCAAGGUCGGUGAAGAAGUGGGCUACUCAAUCCGAUUUGAAGAUGCGACAUCUGCUGCCACAAGAAUCAAAUUCUUGACAGAUGGUCUGCUGCUCCGAGAAGCCCUUGUGGAUCCUUUGUUAUCGCGGUAUUCGGUGAUUAUGGUCGACGAGGCUCAUGAGAGGUCACUCAGCACCGAUGUUCUUCUGGGCAUUCUCAAGAAGAUCCGAAAGAAACGCCCAGAUCUUCGUAUUGUAGUUAGCAGCGCGACUUUGCAAGCAGAGGCCUUUCUGCGCUUUUUCGCCGGCGAAGACUAUGAACCAGGUGCAAAUCCGGCCGAUUUAGGUGGAAAUGUCGGGCGAAUCAUCAGUUUGGAAGGCCGAAUGUAUCCGGUUGACACGUUGUUUCUUGAGUCACCGGCAGAGGACUACGUUGAACGAGCAGUCAAGACGGUCUUCGACAUUCACACCCAAGAGGCAGAGGGUGAUGUGCUUGUCUUUUUGACAGGGCGAGAGGAGAUUGACACUGCAAUUCAGUUGAUAUCUGAACAAGCGGCAGAUCUUCAUCCCAAAGCUCCUUCAGUGCUCCCAUUGCCUCUCUAUGCCGGUCUUUCUACCGACCAACAGAUGUAUGUCUUUGAGCCGGCGCCGGAGAACACUCGAAAAAUAAUCGUUUCGACAAACAUUGCCGAGGCAUCGGUCACAAUCGACGGGAUUGUAUAUGUGAUCGAUUGUGGCUUUGCGAAGCUCAGGGCCUAUAACCCCGUGUCUGGUAUCGAGACUUUAACUGCGGUGCCUAUCUCAAAAGCAUCCGCUACCCAGCGAACUGGACGAGCCGGGCGAACCAGACCUGGUAAAUGCUUCCGUCUCUUUACUCAACCGGCCUACGAACAGCUUCCCGAGGCCACGGUCCCUGAAAUACAGCGGUCCAACCUGGCGCCCGUCAUCAUGCAGCUCAAGGCCUUGGGCAUUGACAACAUCGUCCGGUUUGACUUUUUGACACCACCUCCGGCAGAGCUUGUCAUUCGUGCGCUGGAGCUGCUUUUCUCGCUUGGCGCGGUUGAUGACUAUGCUAAGCUCACGAAACCGCUUGGGACGAGGAUGGCAGAGCUGGCUGUUGAACCGAUGAUGGCGAAAGUUCUGCUCGCUGCUCCGUCUUUUCAUUGCCUGAGCGAAAUUCUCUCCAUUGCAGCCAUGGUGAGUCUUCAAGGAACCGUGUGGGUGCAACACGAAGGAGACAAACGAUCCGCCGAGAGUAACCGGCGGAAGUUCGCCGUCGAGGAGGGUGACCACCUUACAUAUCUCAAUGUAUACCAGACUUUUGUCACCAAAGGCAAAAAGGACUCGAAGUGGUGUCGCGACAACCUCUUGAACUACCGGUCUCUCUUGCGAGCUGUGAGCAUCCGAGGUCAGCUGAAGCGGUAUUUGGAACGCUUUGGGAUUCCUGUCGACGAGACUCUUUCCUCCAGGCAUCACGAGUUGGAUUUAAGCAAGCAGCCCGAGCAGAUCCGCCGCUGUCUCACUGCCGGCUAUUUUGCUCAUGCGGCGAAGAUGCAACCGGAUGGUACUUUUAAGACCGUUAGCGGCGGUCUCACCCUCCAUGCUCACCCGAGCUCAUUAAUGUUUAACCGGAAAGCUGACUGGGUCAUCUUUCACGAGAUCAUGCAAACGGGCGAGAAGACGUACAUCCGCGAUAUCACCAAGAUCGACAAGAGCUACCUCUUGGAGUAUGCCCCCGAAUAUUACCGAGUUUCAUGA